AUGGCAACUCGUGGGCGCGAUCACGGUCGAGGGAGAGAUAGGGCUAGUAACACGGAACUUGAGAAUAAUCCCACGAACUUUAUGACUGGCCUAGAGAACAUGGCUGCUGCUAUGCAGGCUACGGCUGCGGCUAUGCAGGCUACGGCUGCGGCAUUGGGCAAUCAAGCCGGUAAUGGGAAUGGUGGUGAUGGAAGAAAGGGGCCAAUGACCUUAGCGACUUUCCUGAAGGUAAACCCGCCCAUCUUUAGAGAGACGACGAACCCCACAGAGGCAGAUAACUGGUUUCAGGCGAUGGAACAGGCUUUACAAGCACAACAAGUCCCUGAAAAUCAGCGUGUUGAAUUUGCAACUUAUCAGUUAACAGGUGAAGCCCAGCAUUGGUGGCAGGGUACGCGACGCCUGCUGCAACAAGACGAUGUUGCAAUACCUUGGAAUGCCUUACAAUUGGAAUUCUACAAAAAGUACUUCCCCAAAUUGGUCAGGACAGCUAAGGAGCUUGAGUUGUUACAAUUAAAGCAGGGUCAAAUGUCUGUAGCCGAAUACACAAACAAGUUUGAGGAAUUAUAUCGAUUUUCCAAGAUUUGUCAGGGUACUCCGGGAGACUUUGAGGAAUGGAAAUGCAUCAAAUAUGAAGGAGGAAUCCGGAGCGAUAUACUAAGUUCAGUGGGACCGAUGGAGAUCAGAGUUUUCUCAGACUUGGUACACAAGAGUAGGGUUGCAAAAGAGUGUUUAAAGAAGGCUGCUUUGAAAAGAAAUGAUGGUCAGGAAUUGCACCAAAGGAAACAUAAUCAGAACUUCGCACCAAGGGGCCAAAAAUUCAAGAAAAAGGGAAAACAGUCAGCGGCUGCGUCAAAUGGUCCAAGUUGUCAGAGAUGCGGAAGCCAUCACCCGAAUAGGCCUUGUCGUUUUGGUUCGGCCUUAUGCUAUAAGUGUGGUCGUCCUGGGCAUAUGUCCUGGAACUGUCCACAAGGGAGAACUUAG